AUGUCCGACAAGAAACAGGAAGCUAUAGCUUUCAAGGAUCAAGGGAAUGAACUGUUGAAGGAACAUCGGUUCGAAGAAGCCGUAGAGUUGUAUACUAAAGCUAUUGAACUUGACCCUAGCAAUGUUAUAUUUUUCUCCAAUAGAGCACAAGCCGAAAUCCGAUUGGAAAGAUAUGGAUAUGCUAUAGCUGAUUGUGACCGGGCUCUUGAGCUUGAUCCCAUGUUUAUGAAGGCAUAUUAUCGUAAGGGAGUAUCGUUAAUGGCCAUCUUAAAGCAUAAAGAGGCAUUGGUGUGUUUUAAAACCGUGUUGAAAACAUUACCUAAUGAUAAGCUUACCCUUGAGAAUCACAAGCAAUGUUCCAAUUACUUAAAGAGACAAGCAUUUGAAAGAGCCAUAGCCUCGGAAGACAAACAGCUGGUGAUAUGUACUGUUGAUUUUGAUCACAUGUUGAUUGAAAAAACAUGGGAAGGUCCAUCACUUGAUAUUAAAGUCAUUCAGAAAUCUUCUAACGAUAUCAAUAUUGAUAUCAAAGGAUUGGAUGAAGACUACUUGAAAUAUAUGAUUAAACACUUUAAGAAUGGGGGCAAGAUUCCAAAGAAACACGUGUUUGCCAUUGUGGCCAAAGUGUAUCAGAUUUUAAAACAAGAAGCAACCAUGGUUGAAAUAUCACUUAAUCACAAGGCAAUGGUUUCUGAAUCUAAAAAUGCCAAUGAAAUUAAACUUGAUGGGAAAAAGAUAACUGUUGUUGGUGAUACCCAUGGACAAUUUUAUGAUGUUUUAAAUCUUUUCGCAAAGUUUGGUCAUGUUAGUCGAGAUCAUAUUUAUGUAUUCAAUGGAGAUUUUGUUGAUAGAGGAUCAUGGUCUUGUGAAGUUGCAUUAUAUUUAUAUGUGUUGAAAGUAUUAUAUCCCCAAUCUGUGUUCCUCAAUCGGGGCAAUCAUGAGACUGAUGAUAUGAAUAAGACUUAUGGAUUUACUGAUGAAUGCGAAGCCAAAUACUCCAAAAAAAUCUUUGAAGCCUUUUCUGAAUCGUUUGGUGCUUUACCAUUGGCAACUUUGAUUAACCAAUCAUAUCUUGUUAUGCAUGGGGGAUUAUUUUCUAAUGAUAAGGUUACACUUGAUGAUAUACGAAAAUAUAAUCGAUUCCCUUCAUCUGGUUCAACUCAACCUCCAAAGGAGGGUAUUGCCAUGGAAUUAUUAUGGACAGAUCCUCAAGAAGUUAAUGGUCGUGCUCCUUCAAAGAGAGGUAUUGGAAUGCAAUUUGGUCCUGAUAUCACGGAAAGAUUCUGUCUUAAAAAUAAGCUUCGGAAGAUCUUAAGAUCUCAUGAAGUUAGAAAUGACGGUGUUGAGUUGGAACAUAAUGGUCGUCUUAUUACGGUUUUCAGUGCCCCCAAUUAUUGUGACUCAACUAAUAAUUUAGGUGGGGUGGUUCAUUUCACUGAGAAUGAAAAUUAUGAUCCUGGCUCUGAUGAUGGUGAAGGUUACAGAGAUGUAGAAGAUUCAAAUUGUCCUUGGUCACUUGAUAUGGAAACUUUUGAAGCCGUAGAACAUCCACCAAUAAGACCAAUGGCUUAUUCAAAAGGUGGCUUCGGGUUUUAG